AGCGACAACGAAGCCCAUAUUCCUUUUGUGUCUUUUUCUCUGCAGCACAAUAGAAAAUUAGGUCUUGCUUUUUCUUCCAUCUGAUAGGAAUUAGGUAUAGUGAUGUUCAAUUUUAUCUAAAUCCUAUUCUCGGGCAUUGUUCUUGCAUCAGGCGCAUCAUCAAUCUUGUAUUAUGCUUUGUUCUUGCUUAGUUUGUGUAUGUUCUUGUUCCGUUCUGUUACAUUGUAAUGAAAUCAAUUCAUAAACUGAUCGAUUGGUUAUAUGAUUUUACGCUGUCUAUGGUUAUUAACUGUUAAAACUAUUUUGGUAAUCUUGUUCUCCUGGAAUUUGUUGUAAUUAUGGUACUGCUUGACAUAUAGCUUACAAGAAAUCAAUUGAAGUUUUAAACACAGCUGAUAAAAGUAUGGGUCCGCAACAAUGUAAGGUUUGUAAUGAAGCAAAGUCCAAAUAUAAAUGUCCAACAUGUCUUAUGCCAUACUGUUCCCUUGUUUGUUACAAGAAACAUAAAGAAACUCCAUGUGCUACUGCUACGUCAGUAUCUUCCGAUGAUAUACCAAAAACAUCGCAUACUGCACCUGUUUCCGGUGAUAAGAAGCCAACUCCUCCUCAAGUCCUUGCAGAACGACCUCUUCAUAUUGUUAAACCAUGUGAAGUUUUGGAAAAGGCUAAAUUGGAAUCUAUUGCCGCUUCUGAAGAAGUUCGAGAUGCUUUGAAAAAUGAAGACCUCCAGAAGCUCAUUUGUAGCAUAGAUAAUGCUCCAAAAGCUUUGGAAGAACUUGAAAAGGCUAUGGGUGUGGAAGCUUUUCGCAUAUUAUCAGACAAGGUUCUUUCUUUGGUAAAUCCCGAAUGAGUGUCGUGCAAAGUUCUGAGAUGGAAAGAAACGCUGCUUUCGGUUAAAUCAAAGGGCAAAUCCCGUAGAGAUCAGGACCAUCCUGGCUCAGCACUUUUUGAUAAGAUAAUCUCGCUAGUUUUCUUAUGCAAAGAUCAUCAUGGAUCAAUCAAACUUUAGACAAUCGGACCUUCAACUUGUUUAUAUAUUGCAUGUACACUUUACCUAAAUGUAGCAUGGAAGAUACAGAAGAUACAGGGCGUUAAUCCA